AUGAGCCGUGAACAUAUUAAAUUAGCAAAUCAUGUUCAAGCAAAAAUUCUUCAAAAUUAUGAACGUUAUCUUGGUUUAAAUGAUCAAUUUUCGAGUAGUUCAAGUUCGAUUAGAGACAAUUCAUUUACAAAAAGUAACAAAAAUGAAGUUCAGUAUCAUCAAUCACAUAACAAACUUCCAAAUAUUCGUCCAAUAUCCACAAAUCAUUCAAUGGAUGAUAGAGAAGAACAGUUUUUAGUCUUUGAACAAGAUAGAUCGGAACAAAAAUCAUUAAAUUAUAUGAGAGAAGAGAAAUAUGAAAAAUCAUCAAAUAUAAAACCAAUACAUUCUAUGAAUAAGAAAGAAAUGGAUGAAUUGACACAAUCUAACACUUCAUUCAUAAAUCGUCGACAUCAAGCUGAUCAUGAUAGAAAUAUAUCUAAUAAAUAUUCUGAUAAUCUCAUAUUUCAAAGACAAUUGAAGAGACGAGAUACAUAUACAACCUAUAGUUUAGGUGACAAACUCGACACAUUUCACGAUUCAUUUUUUACCGAUAUGAUCGAUAAUAAUAGUCAAGAAUCUACUGUGAAUAGCGCUCAUAAUAAUCAGAAGGAUCAGUAUUAUUCUCCAUCAUCUACAACAUGUUAUCAAUGUGAACAACAACAAAAAUUACUUGAAAAUGAACAAUAUCGACUAGCAGCAUUAUACGAUGUGAAUAAAAAAUUAAUAGAUGAUCUAAAAAAAUCGUUGACACUUACACGGGAAUAUAAACACAAUAAUGAAAUACUAAAACGAAAUAAUUAUGAAAUUCGUUUACAUCUUGAUUAUCAUCGAGAAUACAUCGAUAAUUUAAAACGACAAAUUGACUUAAUAAAACAUAAAGACAACUAUUCAAAUUCACGACAAACAUCAGAAAAGACUAAUAUUAUCAAUUAUGAUCAUUCGAGACAAAUGAGACACGAAAUGCAACUGUAUAACAAAAUUUUAGCUCAAAAAAAAUAA